GGAAAAACGUUUCACAAGAGGGAACAUUUCAAAUCGCCAAGAAGAGGCGCUUCUGAGCAGCUGAGCCGAGAGGAGUUUGGCUACAGAAACAAUGCAGCGAGCUGGGAAAGGGAAGACUCCUCGAAGGGCCAAAAAGCCAUCCAACAUAGAGAAGGACCCUGUGGGGGUUUACUGUCGCAUACGUCCACUUGGUGGAGAGGAUGAGGAAUGUUGUGUUGAGAUGAUCAGCAGCUCCACCAUUCAGCUGCAUGCUCCCGACGGCCUGAAAGCCAACCGCAACGGUGAAUACAAGGAGACACAGUACUCCUUUAAAAAGGUGUUUGGUAUUAAGACCACUCAAAUUGAGCUGUUUAAGGAUGUUGCCAAGCCGCUCAUGGAGGACCUCAUCCACGGUAAAAACGGUCUGCUGUUUACCUACGGCGUGACAGGAAGUGGUAAAACGUACACCAUGACGGGCUCACCUGGAGAAGGUGGACUCCUUCCUCGUUCCCUAGACAUGCUUUUCAACAGCAUCGGGCCUUUUCAGGCCAAAAGAUUUGUGUUUAAACCGGACGACAAAAACGGAAUAGAGAUUCAGAGCCAGGUCGAUGCUCUGCUCGAGAGGCAGAAGCGAGACAACCAGCAGUCGGUGCCCAAAACGCCGUCCUCCAGGCAGAGGGCCGAUCCAGAGUUUGCGGACAUGAUCAACCCAGAAGAGGCGUGUAAGUCUGAGACCGUCGACGAAGACUGCUGCUACAGCGUAUUGGUGUCCUACAUUGAGAUCUACAACAACUAUAUCUAUGACCUCCUUGAAGAUGCUCCAUUUGAUCUGAUCAGACCAAAGUGGCUUGAUGGAAACACCCCCGUACGGAACAAAGAGUUCACACCACCUCAGUCAAAGAUUCUCCGUGAAGAUCAGAACCAUAACAUGUACGUCGCUGGUUGCACGGAGGUCGAAGUCAAAUCUACGGAAGAGGCUUUUGAAGUUUUUUGGAAAGGACAAAAGAAAAGACGGAUAGCAAACACCCAGCUCAACCGUGAGUCCAGUCGCUCCCACAGCGUGUUCACAGUAAAGCUGGUCCAAGCACCUCUGGAUGCUGACGGGGACUAUAUACUACAGGACAAAAACCAGGUGAACGUGAGCCAGCUGUGUCUGGUCGACCUGGCAGGCAGUGAACGCACCAACAGAACCAGAGCUGAGGGAAGUCGCCUUCGAGAAGCUGGUAAUAUUAACCAGUCCUUGAUGACGCUGCGGACAUGUAUGGAAGUCCUGCGUGAAAACCAGAUGUGUGGAACUAACAGGAUGGUGCCGUACCGGGACUCUAAAGUCACACAUCUGUUUAAAAACUACUUUGAUGGAGAAGGAAAAGUCCGGAUGAUUGUGUGCGUUAACCCCAAGGCUGACGAUUAUGAAGAAACUUUGCUGGUGAUGCGCUUCGCUGAGAUGACCCAGGAAGUGGAGGUGGCUCGGCCCGUGGACCGUCCAAUCUGUGGCCUGGCAGCAGGACGGAGACAGAGAAACCAGGCGUUCAAAGAGGAGCUGUCGCGCCGCCUGGAAGAACGAGGAGGUCCAAGUAACGGAGAAGACCCAGGUCUGAUGAACCAGCUCAUAGAAAGCCUCCCACCGCUGCCCUCCUGCGAGCUCUCGGACCCCUCUGACGAUCAGACGUUGCCCCGUCUGAUCGAGGUUCUGGAAAGACGGCACCGGAUCCGUCAGAUGAUGACAGAACAGUUCAAUCAAACUGCAAAUACAAUAAAGUCCAAGCUUCAGCAGUUUGACAGCCAGCUCACUGCUAAGGAGACGGCACUCUAUGAUCAGCAAAGCAAACUGGGGGAGAAAGACAAAGUCAUUAACAACCAAAGGACGGAGCUUGAACGUUUAGAAAAAAAAUCAAAGACCUUGGAAUACAAGAUUGACAUCCUGCAGAAAACCACCGAGAUGUACGAGCAGGACAAACGCUCCCUGCAGCACGAGCUGGAGAGCAGGGAGCAGAGGCUGCAGAAAGAGCUGGCCGAGAAGAGGCGGCUGGAGCAGCGGAUGCAGGGCAUGGUGACGGACACCAGAGCCAAAUGGGAGAAGGAGUGUGAGAGGCGAGUGAAUGCCAAGCAGCUGGAGAUGCAGAACAAGCUGUGGGUGAAGGACGAGAAGCUGAAGCAGUUAAAAGCCAUCGUGACGGAGAGCGGCGGCGGCCUUGGCAGCAGCCCCACAGAACAGCCCAGGAAACCCGAGAGACCCUCCAGAGAGAGAGAUCGCCACAACGCGCAGAAGCGCUCGGCCUCUCCACCGCCUCCGUCUGACUUAGGCCAGACACCUCUCCGCCAAAACCGAGCCACUGUUAGGGCAGUUCAGGACCCUUUCCCCACCUCCACUCCCUCCUCAUCCUUUCCUUCAGUAGCUUCCUGCAUCUCAGACUGGGAGCACAGGUUUCCUACAGAUUCAGGCAGCCAGUCUAGAGAACCGGGAACGCCCCAGUUUGGCAACAGGACUCUCACCCCAUGCCACAGUGCCAGCAGCGUGGGUCGCAGGAGAGGCCAGCGCUGGGCCCCAGAGACUGAGGCUCCUGCUGCAGCUUUUGUCUCUGAGCUAGACAAAGAGGCAGGCACAAGGACGGUUCCUCCGGUUCGUCCAAUGCACAGGCGCUCGCACUCUGCGGGUGGGGAGAAAUGGGUAGACCACAAACCGGCCUCUAAUUUGGAUCUAGACACUGUAAUGCAGCCAAUCAUACCCAAUGCGAUCAAGGUGUCGACCCCGAAUGAGAAAGCUCUGUCUAAAUGCCACAAAUAUGUGCUUAGACACCAAGAGCUUGCCUCUGACGGGGAGAUCGAGACCAAAUUGAUAAAGGGAAACGUUUUUAAGACCAGAGGUGGAGGACAAGCUGUGCAGUUUACUGAUAUUGAGACUCUAAAGCAAGAGUGCCCAACAGCACCAAGUCGCAAAAGGCGAUCAGGCUCUGGCGAGGGACCAACUCAAACAGACAACAUUGAAAACAGGGCUCCAGUGCCAAACACAAGUUCAAGCCAUGGGUAUCAAAAGCGCAGAAGACCUUAAGGUCCUGCUGAGAAGAUUUAUUUUAUUUACCUGAAAACACUGAACUGCUGCCUGUCAAAUCAGCAAAAGGGGAACUAUGCAUCUGACAGUCAGAGAGCUCGUCAAGUAUUCCUGAUUAUAUCAAACAUUACUCUGGUGCAAUUAUAAAUUAAUCAUUGCUUAAUGUGUUUCACUUAUGUGUGAUUUUUUUUUUUUUUCUUUUCUUUUUUACAUUUUUUCCAACAAAAAAGUUAUUUUUCCUAUUUUGAGUGCUGGAAUCCUUUGCUUGUAGACCGAGAGGUGGUAAAUGCUCACAUUUGUGGCUACGCUGAUAGAUGUAGUUUGUUAUAUCUUUUGUAUGCUUUAUGCUGCCACCCAAAGUAUCUGUGUUAUGUAACAAUUUUUUAUGUCUUUUUUUUUUUUUUUCCCCACCGUUUAGUUGUUUCAUGUAUAUGUCACUUUGUGUAAGUAUACAUCGCAUCACAAAAAAAAUGGUUUUAGGAUUUACAGCAUGUUGAACCUGCAAAUGUAAAUGCUCUGCUGUCACAGAGUGGACCUGACCAGCUGUAAAUAAUCUUUUUACUUUACAUAAACGAGUGUAGCACACUAGGAUUUUUGCUUGCAUUAAAUUUAUUGCGAGUCCAUGUUGCAAUGACUUCUUUGUCCACAAAAGGCAUUGUAUUGUUGGUAUUAUUUUCAGACCAGCCUUGGUUUGAUCAAUCGUUUUUAGGGAGCUGUGAAGUAAAUUGAUGAAAAAUACUAGCCGUGUGUUUAAAAAAAAAAAAAA